GCUCCUACUCAAAACCAUAGUUGUAGUUGUAAUUCAGUCCUUUUCUUUUCUACGGUCAGUUUAGUUCAGCUUCAAAGAAGAGAGCACAAAGCUUAUCUCAACCUUGGAAAAGUUACCUUCGUCUCUCCACCACCCACCCCCGUCCGCACGAGGAGCUCCUCCUCCGCCGCCGCCGACGCACCACGCGCGUCGCCGCUCCCCUUCUCGUCGCGUCCCUACCUCCGCAAUCUCCGGAACCCCGGUCUUCGAGAUUUCAUCAUGCUCUCCUUGAGGUGUUGGGCGCCCGCAUUCGGUUUAGCGUUCGAGAGAACCGUCGCUCUGCGCCCGCGAAAGUUCAACUCUCUAGUGGUUUGCGGUGCCAGGGGUCCGAGGCCGAGAUAUCCUCGCGUGUGGAAAACGGAUAAGAGAAUCGGGACCGUUUCCAAGUCGCAGAAGCUUGUCAAAUGUAUUAAGGGUUUGUCUAACGUAAAGGAGGAGGUUUAUGGUGCUCUUGAUUCGUUUGUUGCAUGGGAACUGGAGUUUCCCUUGAUAGCGGUAAAGAAAGCACUGAAGACGCUUGAAGAUGAGAAGGAAUGGAAAAGAAUAAUUCAGGUUAUCAAGUGGAUGUUCAAUAAAGGUCAAGGGAAGACCAUGGGAAGCUAUCAAACUUUAUUAAAUGCUUUAGUCGAGGAUGGACGAAUUGAGGAAGCAGAAGAGCUAUUUCAAAAGAUAUUCUCAAGAUACAUGGAGGGUUUGCCCCGUAUUUUUUUCAUGAAAAUAAUCUCCUUGUAUUACAGAUUGGGGUCAUACGAGAAGAUGUUUGAGGUUUUUGCUGAUAUGGAAGAGCUGGGUGUUCGACCUGAUACCUCGAUUGUCAGGAUGCUCGGUGAUGUAUUUAUGAAGCUAGAGAUGUUGGACAAAUACGAAAAGUUAAAUAGGAAAUAUCCACCGCCAAAAUUUGAAUAUCGAUACAUCAAAGGCAAGCGCAUAAGGAUAAGGGUUUAUCCAGACAAUAGUACCGAAGAGGUAACACAGAGAGACUCUGGCAGAGAUGAACUGGAAGACGCAGGAAGCAUGAAUCCUGACAAUGAAUUGGAAGAAGCGCCAAGAACAGGCCUGGACAGGAAUGUAUUAGGCGACACGGCUUCUGGAGACCUUGAAUUUGUAUAGCUCAGAGCUUAAAUUUGGUGCUUUCGUGCCUGCUUCGUCAAAGCAGUGUGCUGCAACAUGUUCUAUGUAAUCUAGCAAUUUAGACCGACCCUGCCAAAUUUGGAAAUGGAGAUCUCAUCUCCCUGAAAUGAUAUGGUAUGUUCUCCUGAUGACCUGAUAGCUCAUUUCCAGGACAGGCUUUGUUUGAAUUUCUUAAAAAAUAAUCAUGUUUGGCAUGAGGCAGGAUACAGUCGCCGACGAUCUUUGCCAUGCCGUGCCGCAUCCAGCAAGGGUCAUUCUGGAAUCUGGAUAGCGAGGCCAGGACGAAGGCGGAUGGUUCUCUGACACAAAAUCAUGUACAAGUAUUAUUCUGUAGCACUAGCAACAGCAUUAGGCAGUAGUGUUUCACUGGAAUGGAAUGGUUGUACUAUAAAGUAGAAACCUUAGCGCCUGUUUUGGACUUGCAAUGAAUCAGUAUCAUUACUCCAAUUUUCCCUGUUUUCAAGGUCUGGUCUUUUUUUUU